CCUUGACCUCUAAAGACCGAGACUUUGAAGCUUUUGAGGAUUGGAAAACUUUGCUGACUUGAAUAACCCUCCCAGGAACUGAACCCCCAAUAAUUCCUGGUUUAUCUGGAGAAUUAAGAGAGCAAAUGGUAGUGAAGCUUGAACAACUCGCCAUUAUACAGACAAAUGAGCAAUGAAUUUCUUUUUUCCUGAAACCAAAGCUCGAGUCUUUGGAAUGAGAGGAACAAGAGGGUCCUGGUGGGUUUAUAAAGCUGUUAUUGGUUGUAACGAGUUCUGGAUAUGAAUUAACCAGAUAAGGCUCACUCUCUCCUUGGAGAACAUAAAAAAGAAGGAAAGACAAAAGACAUUUUUAAACUGCCAUUUACUGAGGUACCCUUUUAUUGCUGUAAACCCACCAUGAAAAUAAGGGCAAUAGCGUAAAUAAUCCAAUUUUCACGCCAAAAUUUUUCACCAGGGGAAGAAGAACGGAAGAAACCUUUUGCCUCUGGAAAGCAAGAGAGCAGAAGAAGCUCUCUUAUCGAUUUCGCGCUUCCUACCUUCACAAAAAGCAGAUAGUGAGCAAACUGGAUGUUUCGGGAACCUGAGGAGUUCAUUCCAUGGGAAACUGCUGUGUAAUCCGAGCCCUAUGAGGACUCAGAUCAGCAGAAUCCAAGUAGGAAGCCGUACUGCCGUUUUUGCCUCAGUGCUUGGUCGAAGAGCACAGAAGAAAGAAACUGUAAUUCCUGAUCCUGACUACCGGAUCCCCAUUGUUCUUCUUGGUAUGGCUGGUGGCUUAGCCUAUACAGAUAACCUUGUACCAGCAGUACCAGUUGGCUUGCUUGGAUUGCUUCUCUUGUUUCAGACUACCAGGGUGAGAUUUGUGUUUGAUGGUCAGGCCUUGGAGGUAAAAGUCGGAGAGCAGCUUGAGGAAUCAGGCGAAAAUGUAUUCGUUGGUGGGAAAAACAGAUGGAAGUAUUCUAGUUUUGUGAACUGGGAACUAUGGUGGCCUAACUUCCCUAUCCUGGUAUACUUUAAGGAGACCCAAACAAAACCUGAAGGCCAAAUCCACUUCUUCCCUGUCAUAUUCGUAAGUAACAGCCGAUGCUAAGAUUAUUCCGAGGGCGGGUAAUGGAGAUUAUUGUUACCAAAACCAGUUUCAGAGUCUUAAAUAUUACUUUAUACUUUAUAGAAAGCCAGCCUCUGAUUUUUAGUCUCAUUUCCAUAACUUUAAUCCGUCGUCUUUUUUUCUGUAAACAGAAUGGCAAACAGCUUUAUGAUGUUAUGGUGGAGAGAGCUGGUCCCUCGAAAACCAGUGCACCAAAAUGAUCCUGAGAAGGCUUCAGUUCUAUGUUGAUGAUUGACCAGUAUUUCUUUCGAGGUUCAGAGAAGCAGAACAAAAGAAGUUCCAAUUUAAUGAUGAAGAAGCACAUCACCAGAUCAAACUCACAUGUAUAGAAUUGCAGAAAGAAUGCUUGUCGUCUAUCAUUCAAUCAAGAAUUGUACAAUGUAAAUGCAAUUAGUCUGUUGAUCUCUAAGUACACUAGUCAUAGAUAUAUAAUCAAAAUCCGAGUGCAAACUCCUACCCUUGUUUUCCUUCCUCCUUCCAGUUCUUUCUAAUAAAAUUAAACUUCAAUGUACAAUCCUCGCAAGCAAAUGAACAUUACAAAAAUGAGAUCCUGAAUGAAUAAUGAAUCCUGGAAUAUCAGCUUUCUACAUUAAUCAUGCCAAAAACUUUAGCUCUUGGUGCAGUGGGCGUCCGUACCAUGUUGGGUGCAAUCAUGGUAGCCAACCGUCUGCAGGAAAUCUCGAAUCUCUUUGGCACUGCUAUUGCUGGCUUGAAGCAGGCUCUCGUCUUCUUCAUAAAUAAUGUAGGGGGCUUCACCCUUCUUUCUGGAGAGUAAUUUGGAGGCUCCUUUGAGGACAUGAUAUUCCCAACCCUGGACAUCGAUUUUGAGCAGAAGCACAGGCUGUGAAUCUGGGAUCACUUCAUCCAGAGGGAUCGUCCUUACUUGAACUGCUACUUCCUCAUUCGACUUGAAAGCCAGUUUUGCACCGAUGGCAGAGAUAGCACUAUUGUCGAGCCGCCCGACCAACUUAUAGAAAGUGAUAUUCCCAACAUGAUCCGAAGCAGCAGCUUCAAAAACAGUAACCAACUCCCCAACUCUAUUAAACCAAAUCCCAUCACAGAGCCGCUGCAGAUUCUCCAUAACAGGGUCAAAAGCCAGCACCUUGAACCCCAUAACCGCAGCUGCAAAGCUCGCCAUCCCCACAUUGGCACCAACAUCCACAACCAGCCCGCCAUCAUUUCCCCCUUCCUUCUUCAUCCCUUCGAGAAUCCCCUGAAUCGUGGCGGAGAUAUCAGGCUUCCGAAACAGCUUCCCCUUGAGCAGCCGGACGAGGUUCUUGUGAGGCUUAUCGGGCAACGAUCCGAAAUCCGGGAGCGAGUAGAGGAAAGGGUAAUUGACAUUUUCGACUAAGUUGGCGACUACAGGGUGAGCUUGGGGCGAAUCGAAGCAGUUGAAUUGGGGGAUUGGAUAGGGCUUUGGGGAGGGAGUGGAGAGGGAGAGAGAUGGCGUGAGAUUGGGGUCUGAAGGGGAACGGAAAGCGAGGAAGAGGAAGAGUAGGAGGAGGGUGAGGGAGAGGAGAAGGAGAAGGAGUGGCUUUGGAGAGAGUAGCUUUGGGUGUCGGCUUUCUCUUCUCCAGCCAUUUGCCAUGGGAGAAUGAAUGAACGGGUUAAGGAGUUCCUUCUUCCCCUUCCUGAAAAUUUUCCCGGGAAAGCUAUGGAGGUGGCGUAGUUUUAACGGGGAAAGAUCCGGGAGAUUGGAUCUGGAAAAUUGAGAAAUGGGUCGCGGGAUCUCUCUUCUGUGUCUUGGUACUUUUGAUUGAAGAAACAGAGUGCAGUGACGACUGACGAUGGCUGAAGCAUGGAGUUCCUUUACUUUAAGAACAGUUGCUACUGAAGGACUAGUUAAAUUCAGUUGAAAUGUCUCGCGACAAAUAAUUUUUACUUUUUAGAGGAAAGCCCUGUCGUGAAGUUGCACAUUGCACUAACGACUCUCUGGCAAGAUGCAAG